AUGGCUGCUGGGGUUUUAAAUUUAAAAGCAAAGAUGCAUGAAAAAUUAAAAAAGGGUGAUCCUUUUUGUGUUCUAUGCAAUGGGGGAAUACCAGAAACAUAUCAUUUUAUUUUUAAUGACUGUACUUUUACAAAAGCAGUUUGGUUGCCACCAUCUGAUAAUAAUAUGUUAAAUUGGGUAAAAUCAUGGUUCAAUGGUCCUUUGAAUGAAUGGAAGAACCAUUUUAGUAUUAUAUGUUGGGAAAUUUGGAACCAUAGAAAUUCUAUAGUGUUUCAGAAUGCUAAGGCAAAUCCAACUGAAUUUAUAAAGUCUAUCAGAAAAUGUUUAAAUGAUAGGGAGUUAGUUCUGGGAAAAACACCUCUAAAAAAUAAGGUGGGAACUAAAAACAAGAUUUCAAUAUGCAAGGGCCUUGUUGAAUUUAAAAACAACGUUUUCUAUGUUGAUGCGGCUUUUGAUGAAUCAGAUGGUUCUUAUGGUUUGGGAUUAACUCUUUGUAAAGAAAACAAAAUUGCUAAAAUUAAAGUCUUUGUAGGAAAUACAACAAGUUCCUCAGCAGCGGAAGGAUUAGCUGUAAUGAAAGCGGUAGAAUGGGAGAAAGAGCUUAAUGAAACAUAUGUGAAGAUAAGAUCAGAUUGUAUGGAUGUUAUAAACUUUUUGAAUAGAAGGCAGGCGAACUAUGACUGGAGGACAAGGAAGAUUUUGAAUGAUGUCCUUUGUUUUUUGGGUAAUGAUGUCUUGGUAGAUUUUAAAUAUGUAAACAGGGUUGAUAAUAGCGAAGCAGACAAAUUAGCUAAAUGGAACCGUGUAAAGAAAGUUUUUUUGUUGAAACAAACUCCCAACAUAAUAUUUUGA